AUGAAUGUAUAAAUGAAAAAAUUGCUGAAGACAAAUAAAGAUCUCGGCAACCAAUAUUUAGACUUUACUUAACUAUUUGAAAAGAAACUCAAACAACCAACAAUAAAUAAUGAUAGUAAAAAGGAGUUAAUUGAAUAAUAUAGACAGCGCAAUUUCAAACAUGAACCCUAACCAUUCUAUGAAUCAUCGGAAAUUAUUGUUUAUGGAUCCUUUGAGAAUUCGAACAUCAUGGCUGUUCAACAAGAAGGCAAUGAAUUGAAUAUUUUAUUGAAUGGAGACACUAAUACAAAUGGAUGUACACAAUGGUUUUAUUUUGGCAUUUUGGUCAAAUAGCCUUAACAAUUGACUUUUCGUAUUCUCAAUAACCGAAGAGGUAAAUCCCUAUUAAAAGAGUACAACCACAUUCGAGUAUAUGAUAAUAAUAAAUGGAAUAGUGAAACUACUAAAGAGUUAUUUUAUUACCGAACAAACAUCAAUCAUCCCUUCUACCAUUCUUAAGAUUCUUCUAUUGCAAACCUGCAGUAAAAUUUUCCAUUGCAUACCUUACAAUUUAAUUAUAAUUUCACUCAAAAUAAAAGCAUCGUGUACUUUGCGUUGACCUUGCCUUACACAGUCAGCAACCUAUACCAUUUAGUUUACAAUUCGACUUUGAAACAUAAGGUGUUAUGUAGCACUACUUUGGGAUUGCCAAUAUUUAAACUCAAAACUAAACAUAAAACUUCUGAAGUUGUGAUCAUUUUGGCACGUCAACACCCAAGUGAGUCAGUAGGUUCACACAUCUGCGAAGAGAUGAUUAAAUUCUUAGAUUCUGGCCAUUAAGUCCAGAAUAAGUAUAGAUUCAUAAUAUUUCCGAUGCUUAACCCAGAUGGUGUAUUUUUGGGUAACUCAAGGUGCAAUUUUAAUGGGGUAGAUUUAAAUAGAAAGUGGGAUAUGCCUAAUUAGAAUACUGAGCCAGAAAUUUACAAUGUAGUUAAACAUAUCAAAAAGUACAAAGUAGCCUUUCUUCUUGAUUUGCAUGGACAUUCCAAGAAAUUGAACUAGUUCCUAUAUGGUUGUUCCACUCCAAUUAAACAUAUUUCAGAUUAUAUGAGAGUUAAACAAUUCAGCAGACUAUUACAAUAAGGAUCUGAUCUCUUCAAUUAUUUUAAUUGCUCAUUUAAUGUGACACCAGAUAGAAUGAGUACAGCUAGAGUUGCCAUGUGGAAGAAGUUUUCAAUUGCUAAUUCAAUGACCAUUGAAACUUCUUUGUAUGGAGCAUCAAAAAGACCUUUCGAAAAGGAAGAGUUCCAUCUAUUAGCCUAAAAUAUCCUUAAUGCUCUAUUUCAAUAUGAUGAAUAUCAAACUGAUCCUCGUCUAUUUGACGCAUAAGAAAUCAAUCAAGCCAUUAAGUUAAUCAAAAAAGAGGGGAUUGAAGACAAAGAGUCUGGGUCUGAUUCCGAUGCUGAAUAGGAUAUUAUAGUAGUGAGAAAUCCAAGAUUAAAGGUCACAUCCAGAAGAGAUUCAACUCCUUUAAUGGUCAAAAGUAAACCCAAAUAACAAUCCGAAACACCCAUCUAAUAACCUACUCUUUUCUUUAAGAAUGAAUAGACCUAUAGUUACAAGAAGAUCCCGUCAUAUUAGAUGAAAAGAAAAGUUUCUCGAAUGAAUUCUUUUCAGAGUCAAAUCAUUGAUGAACCAUUAAGUGCCCAAUUACCUACUAUUUAUAAUAUUCCUAGUAGGUAAUACAAAGGCACUCUUGAUCUAAUAUAGGCAAUACAAGUGAAAUCGCUUUCUAGAUAAUAGUGA